AUGGAUGAAACGAUCAAAAAAUCUUUGCAAGAAGUGAACAGCACUGCUGCAAGCAUUAUUCCUGGAUUUCCUGAAAUAAUUUCGAUGAAUAACUCACAAAAUUCUGAUCUCAGAAAUCAAUCAAAAUCAAAGAUUAGACCAGAAAAUGGAAGUAUGGAUAAGAUUAAUGCAGAAAUAGAUUCUAAUGAUAAUAGCACAAACAUUUCUGCAAAUUCCACAACGAUGAAACCCGACACAGUAGAAGCUGUUGAUCUCCAUCAUCAGAUUAAUUUAACUGUCAGACCUAUAAUUGGAAACCAUAGUGCAAACAGUACAAAAGCAGUUAUUGAAGUUGCAAACACAAAAUCACUAAAUCUAAAUGGACAACCUAAAUCAACGGAUUUCGACAAAACACAAACAUCUGAUGCGAUUAUUUACAACGAAAAGAACAAUACUGAAGGAGUAAUAAAAGCUAAUCCUACAAGUUCAGUAAAUUUACAGAAAGAACUUGCAACAAUAAUUUCUGAUAAGGUGACAAUUUCUGAUCAAAUCGAUCAAAAAGAAUCUGAAGCCGUAAUUAAAAACGAUGCGAAAGUAGAACUAGAAUCUCUUACCAGAAAUUAUCUAAACCCUCUGAUUCGUGGCAUGUUUCAAGAAUGGAAGAAGCAGUUAACUGAAAAGAAGCAUGCAAUUGAUUUAUAUAGUGCAAUGCAACGUACCAGUGGUGAUUUCUGGAUUUUUUUUACAAAUGCAAUCAAUUCACUGAAAACAUUUACUGACAUCUUAUUGUUACCACUUUUAGCACCUUUUCAACCACAAACACUUACCAAUCACUGA